AUGGCUCAGAAGAAAGGAAAAACUGAUAAAACAGCAAAAGAUGCUUCCCUCGAGGGCUCUGCACUGAUCCUCGAUUAUCUGACUCUACGUGAGCUACACCAGAAGAAGGAGAUCGAGUGCCGUGUAGCUGGAAAACAAACGGUCUACCAUGCGUUGCAGGAAGAAACCAACGAAACCGGCCACGAUGCGAUAGCUGCCAUGGACGAAGAGAUUAAAAGUCUACAGGAACAACUCUCCAGUCUCAAGGAGAACGAGAAGAGGGUACAAGGGGAGCUGAACUCUCUCAACGCAAUGCCUCUGCUCUCCGAACUUCGGACUGAGAUCACGGAGCUCGAGAAAGAGAAGGAAUCACUUGCUGCUCGCUUGAUCAAGGUGUGUGGCGAUGCCUCGGCUGAGGUGUCCCCUCAAGAGAAGGAAAAAGUGAGAAAGGGCUGGAAGAUAUGGCAGAACCAGGAAAGCGUUCGGGCUAAGAUAUGCCGCGACCUCUGGCGCAAGUGUUCUGAAACGCUUCCGGAAGGUCAGAAAUUCGAGGGCCUGCGGCUACUUUGCUUGUAUACCCCUGGAAGUGCAAGAAACAGCUCAGUUGGGAUAUGGGAGUCUGCAGCCGGGUCCAAGUCUCAGCUGUACCUGGCUUUGCACAGCAGGUCGAAGCAGAGGCGCAUGAUGUCGCCAGAUGAACACUUGGGUGGCGUCAUUUCGGGCAAGAUUCAUUGCUCCUAA